GGAGGAGGAGCGUCCCGGUGAUGAAUGCAGUGAUUAUUCAGGUGAAGAAAACUCCGCUGUUGGACACAGAACCUCCUCAGUGAGUCCAUGAGGAAGGAGACCCACAGGAGACCCACAGGAGCACCAGAGGAGGAUGAGUGACGUCCGCUUGGGUUCAGUUUCCUCCGCCGUCUCCAAGGUAACAGGCCCGCCACCAGGAUGCAGUUCCUGCAGCAUUGAGCCUCCGGCCUUCGUCCUUCCUCCUCGCAACGCCCGGGUGGUCCUGGGAGGAGACGCCCGACUGGAGGGGAAGGUGCGAGGUCAUCCUGAGCCUCAGGUCACAUGGCACAGAGAGGGGAGCCCUGUGAUUGGUGGAGAGCGCUGCGUCGUGCAGCAAAGUGGGCGGGGCACCUUCAGUCUUGUCGUGGGCGGAAUCAGAGAGGAAGAUGUGGGCCGUUACACCUGCCAGGCAACCAAUCAGGCAGGGAGCCGUCAGGUGACUGUGGAGAUCCUCCUGGAAGAGAAUUCUGGGAAGAAAUACGGCCUCCCAUCCGCCAUGAAAACAGGGUGUCGCUCUGCCGUCCCGUCGGUGGGGAACAGGCCCAGUAUCUGGGGAGAGAGUCCGCCCAAGUUUGUCACUAAACCGAGCCGAGUGUUCGCCAAGCCGGGACAGACCGGGAAGUUCAGCGCCAAAACAACGGGACGCCCACAGCCCCAGGUCACAUGGCACAAGGGGGAGAUGGAGCUUCAGUCUUCUGCGCGGAUCAGUAUGUACGAGCGCUCUGGGCUGCACUUCCUGGAGAUAAAGGAAGUGUGUGUGGAGGAUGCAGGAAGUUACACGUGUUUGGUGAUCAACAGCGCCGGGACAGCAACCGCCUCCACUACGCUCCACGUCCAGGGUGUUCCUCAAGACUCGUCCAGCAGCGUCACCUCAGCUGAGUCCACACACACCAGCAGCAGUAACCUGACAGCUGCUCCCAGUGGUCCCAGUGCUCCCAGCACCCAGGCAGAGCAGCCCAGGCCCAGGGAGAGGGAGCAGCAGAGCCCCCUGUCUCAAACAGCCUCCUCCUGGAGGAGCAAACCUCCUGUACAGCUCCCUCUUGUGGCUGAGAGGAGAACUGCAGCUGCCCAGGUCCAGUCAGUCUUUAGUCCUGAUCCAGGUCAGACCAGUUCAGUCCAGCAGGCAGAGAGCAGCUCAGUCAGCAGCAGGGCUGUGAGGAGGUCGGUGACGGGAUCCAACCUGCGGUUUGAGGCCGUUCCUCUGGACCAGGAGGCCACAGAAGGAGCACAGGUCACAUUCACCUGCCAAGUCUCCUCUGUGGCCUUUGCUGUGGUGACAUGGCUGAAGGACGGGGGUCCAGUGAGGACGGGUCUGCGGCAGAGACAGGAUGGGACACGUCUCAGUCUCACCAUGGACAGAGUGAGACAGGAGGACAAGGGGACGUACAGGUGUCAGCUGAUCACUGCUGGAGGACUCACUGUCCACUCUGCAGAAUGGACGCUCCGUGUCCUCAAGAGUCCUGUUCCAGCCAGUACUCAUUCCUCAUACGUCGAGGGCGUGGCCUCACUGACCGUCCACAGCACAUCACGGCAUGAUGACAGAGCAGAGAGCAGCGCCAGAGUCCAGGUCAAAGACAGACGGCAGGGCUGCAGGUCAAAGGUCACAGAGGUCAGAGGAGUGUGUGAGGCUCCUCGAUUCAUACGCUGCCUUGCUGACGUGAAGGUGAUGGACGGCAGCAAAGUUACCAUGACGGUGGAGCUGGCCGGUAACCCCCCUCCAGAGGUGGUGUGGCUCCAUGACGGGCAGGAAGUGACAGAGUCUGAAGACUUCCACCUCCUCAGGGAGGAGAACCGUUGCACUCUGCUGAUCCAGGAGGUUUUCCCUGAGGACAAUGGGACGUACAGCUGCCAGGCCUGGAACCAGUACGGAGAGGACCACACCCAGUGUCAGCUCACUGUGGAGGAGCCUCAGGACGGCGUUCAGCCCUGGUUCAUCACCAAACCCAAACUGGUGAGCGCCGUUGUGGGUCAGCACGUCCUCCUGUCCUGCGCCAUUGCUGGAGAUCCGUUCCCCCAGUAUACCUGGACCAGAGCUGACCUGAGCCGACCUCUGACCUCUGGAGGAGACUACGAACUGCUGCAGAAAGAGGAUGUCAUCUCACUGCUGAUCAGGAGAGUUAAAAAGCAUCAUGCUGGAGACUACCUGAUCACUCUGAGGAACAAUGUUGGGGAGUGCAGCGCUUUGGCCUGUCUGUCCGUCACUGGUGGAGAAACGGACAGGACGAGAGGACGAGAAGGAGGAGCAGGAGAGGACGACAGCCCUGCAGCAGGAGGAAGAGGAGGAGGAGGAGCAGCUGGUGGGACCGCUGUGCUGAGAGGAGGUGCCAGAGAAGGAGGCGUGGAGCAGAGAAGCAGCAGCAGCAGCUGUGGUGUCAGUCGGCAGUGGCAGGAGGCCAACCAGGAGCAGAAGGAGAACCAGCAACUCCUGCACCUGCACAAGGAGGAGAAGAAGAAGAAGGAGGGUAACCAGGACUCUGCCACCGCCACCACCGCCUCCGCCGCCCCCCGAGGCCUCCUCAAGCGCUGUGUGGAAACCAGGGAGCGCGGUGAAGAGGAGCUGCGACAGAGGGAGGCGCAGCAGCUCGACUUCCGCUCGCUUCUGGGACGGCGAGCUCUCAACGCCAAAAACAACCAGGAAGAGGAGCUGAGGGAGGCCGGCCUCGCCGCCGCCGCAGAGCACAGCCACCAGAUGGAUUUUAAGGCCAACCUCAAAGGUGUCAAAGCCAAGGCGGAGGAUGAUCGUAAGGGGAACUCCCCGCAGCAGGUCGACUUCCGUAGCGUGCUGGGGAAGAAGGGCGCCGCCAGCAACGGCAACAAACCUGCAGAGACACCCGGAAAGAACUCCGCCGACUUCCGCUCCGUCCUCGCCAACAAGAAGAAGCCAAGUAGCCCCGAGAAGAACGGGGAGACCGGGAAGGCCGCAGUGAACAACUGUGUUGAUGGAGGGAUUAACGAGAAGAAGAGUGGAGGUGGAGGAGGAGGAGGAGGGAAGGCGCCGGAGAUGGUGGAGAAGCUGAGCGACGUGACGGUGCUGGAUGGACAGCGGCUCCGGCUGCAGUGCCGCCUCGCCUCCUCGGAUCCUGCAGAUGCCACCGUCACCUGGACGCUGGACGGGAAGAUCAUCAAGCCGUCCAAGUUCAUCAUCCUCGCCAAUGAAGGCGGCCUGUGCUCUCUGACUAUAGACAAAGCUCUCCCAGAGGAUGAAGGACAGUAUAAAUGCAGAGCCGAGAAUGCAGGAGGAAAAGCUGAAUGUUGCUGUAUGGUUCUCGUCGAUGAUCCGACAGAGAACUCUCCAGCUGACAAGAAGUCCAAGAAGGCGACUCCGACCUCAGAGAGUGAAGCCAGAAUAAAGAAACCAACCGCCAAGACUCCGCCCAAACAAGCUGCUCCUCCUCAGAUCCUGCAGUUCCCAGAGGACAUGAAGAUCCUGGCGGGAGAGAAGGUGGAGAUCCUCUGCAAGUUCUCUGGAGCUCCGCCCAUCAACUGCACCUGGCUGAAGUUCAGGAAACCAAUCCAGGAGUGCUCGUCUGAUAUCUCCAUAGAGAGCACAGACAGCAGCAGUAAACUGACCAUCAGCAGCGGUCAGCAGGAACACUGUGGGUGUUACACCAUCGAGCUGAGGAACAGCUACGGCCUCCGACAGGCCGCCCUCAACCUCACCAUCGUCGAUAAACCCGACCCCCCAGCGAAGGUCCCCGCAGCCUCAGACAUCCGGCGGUCCAGUCUGACUCUGUCAUGGUACGGGCCGACCUAUGACGGAGGCAGCGCCGUGCAGUCCUACAACCUGGAGAUCUGGGACUCUGUGGACAAGCAGUGGAAACACCUGGUGUCCUGCAACAGCACCUCCUACAACAUACAGAACCUUCUUCCAGAACGUCAGUAUAAAUUUCGCAUCCGUGCGGAGAACGUCUACGGAGUCGGAGAACCAAGUGCCGAAUCUGAACCUGUGACUGUUGGACUAGUGGACGAUGGUGAGUAAGAAGAGGCCGAGGUAGAGGAGGAGGAUGAAGACUCAGAGAAGGAGCCAGACUACAGAGACGUGACCAUCAGAACAGACACGAAGGUGAAGGAGCUGUAUGACGUCGAGGAGCGGCUGGGGACGGGGAAGUUCGGUCAGGUCUUCAAACUGGUGGAGAAGGCGACGAAGAAGGUCUGGGCGGGGAAGUUCAUCAAGGCGUACUCGGCAAAGGAGAAGGAGAACGUCCGGCAGGAGAUCGGCAUCAUGAACAGCCUGCAUCACCCCAAACUGGUCCAGUGUGUUGAUGCCUUCGAGGGCAAGUCUGACAUCGUCAUGGUGCUCGAGAUGAUCUCAGGCGGCGAGCUAUUUGAGCGCAUCAUCGACGAGGACUUUGAGCUGACGGAGAGGGAGGUGAUCAAAUACAUGCUGCAGAUCAUCGACGGAGUCAGCUUCAUCCACAAACAGGGCAUCGUCCACCUCGACCUCAAACCUGAGAACAUCAUGUGUGUCAACAAGACCGGCAGCAAGAUCAAACUCAUUGACUUCGGCCUUGCCCGCCGACUAGAAAACGCAGGAACUCUUAAGGUUUUGUUUGGGACUCCAGAGUUCGUGGCUCCAGAAGUGAUCAACUAUGAAGCCAUCAGUUAUCCCACUGACAUGUGGAGUAUAGGAGUCAUCUGUUAUAUACUGCUGAGCGGUUUGUCUCCCUUCAUGGGCGACAACGAUAACGAGACUCUGUCCAACGUCACCUCGGCCACCUGGGACUUUGAGGACGAGGCCUUCGAUGAAAUCUCAGACAACGCCAAAGACUUCAUCACCAACCUGCUGAAGAAAGACAUGAAGACUCGGCUCACCUGUGCUCAGUGUUAUGAACACACCUGGCUGAAGCAAGACACCAACACCAUGAAGGCCAAGAAGCUCUCCAAGGAGAGGAUGAAGAAGUACAUCCUGAGGAGGAAAUGGCAGAAAACAGGUCACGCUGUCCGAGCCAUCGGCAGACUGUCGUCCAUGGCCAUGAUGGCCGGAGUGAGCGCCAAGAAGGGCUCCCCCACCGAAGAGGAUAACCAGUUCCUGGAGUGUUUGGAGUACGAGCAGAAGACGGAGUGUAAGCCGACAUUCAGCUCAGUCAUCAAAGACGUGGAGGUGGUGGAGGGUAGCGCCGCUCGCUUCGACUGCAAGAUCGAAGGUUACCCCGACCCAGAGGUGGUGUGGUACAAAGACGAACAGCCGAUCAAAGAGACCCGACACUUCCAGAUCGACUACGACGAAGAGGGAAACUGUAGUCUGGUCAUUUCAGAGGUGUCAGGCGAUGACGACGCCAAGUACACGGUGAAGGCAGUCAACAGUCUUGGGGAGGCAACGUGCACUGCUGAGCUGCUGGUGGAAGUGAUGGCUGGAGAGGAAGAGGAGGAGGAGGAAGAGGAAGAGGAGGAAUAAAUCAGUGUUGGUCUGGACUCCCACAGGAAGCGUAGGAGGAGGUGGUGCUUUUCUUCAGCUUGUCCGACCUGAGCAGGAAACACUUACCAUAAAUAACAGAUUGUGAUUGGAGGAGCAGGUGGGCGGGGUUUGUAUUGAGCGUGUAAUGACAGUAUUUAAAAAAAGUCUCUAACUCACCAGUCAAACCACACACCGAACAGCGCAACUAUAAUCUCUUUUAGUGAUGGUCAAACUCUGCCCACCUGACACCUGGAGAACAGAAGCCCCGUCCCUUUCAGGUUAGCCUCUAUUCAUUGGUGGGUCUCCUCUUACAUUGUAUUUCAUUGCCCUUUCUUAAAGAUGUAUAAUUAAAACAGGAUACCUGGGUUUUCUGUCCAUUCUUAAUAUAAUAUUUAAUAAUGACUCUCGCAAUUUUAAAUAAUUUUUAGCAUGAGUGGCACCGUGGAGCAAUGUCUUGAUUAGCGGAUCUCCAAUUUGAAAAAAAUAAAUAAUUGGUAAUGAGGAAUUAGACUGCUAGCUAGUAAACAUCAAUCGUAAAUAUUCCAAAAAUCUGUUUUUAACCCAGUGUCAUGUUUCAGGUCUUCACCAAAGACCGAAAAAACCUUCCUGAGGAAACUCACUGAUGAAGAGUUGCUAGCUGAACACAUACUAGUCUUUAACUUCAGUUUGAUGCUUAUGAAAUGUGAAAACGUUUAUUCAUCAUUAACGCUGAGCUCCAGCUCCCAGGGCCCCGUCACCAAAGACUCAUGGGAGCUGUAGUUGUUGUCAUUGUUUGCAGGGCGUGGGGCUUUAACUGUCUGUUUAACCAACCCAUGAAAACUGUACUGUAUGUGAACCAGACCUGCUCCCUGUGGGAGUCCAGGUGAGGAAGAAGAGGGUAUGAUGGAAGAAGUGAAGAGGAAGAGUGAUGAAGAGCUUUAUAUUCACAGAGUUGGGCCACGUCGGAAUAAAGUGGCUUACUGUGAAAAAGCUCCAGUGACUCCGAACAUCAAGACAGAACUCCAAAAGUAUUUAAGUUGUGUUAGCAUCGCAGCUAACGGUGUGGUGAAGACGAGAGGGAUGAAAAUUACAUUUGUCACCUAAAGAUGAUCCAGAUGUUGCUGAUGAUCCCUUCGAGAGAGUCAGACAUCUAACUAGCAUUAGUUAGCAAACAUAACCCCUACUAUUGGUAGCCCAAUAGCUAAUAAAUAUUAGCUAAUUAGCAGCAGAGGGUAGGGCUUUGACAGCUUAAUUAAAACAGUUUCAACCACAAGAAUAAAAUUAGUGCAAAAAAACCUCAAAUCAGUUAUUUAAAGAUUACUGAAUGGUCUAAUUAUGUACAGAAAUAACUGGAUGCAACCCUAAAGCUAACAGGUAACAGCUAACAAGCUAACAGCUAACAGUGCAGGGUAUACAGAGGUAUACCCACCUCUUUUUUCUGGCAGUUUACAGUAUACCAACCUAUCAGCCAAAAAGCCAGUGGAAUAUAUAGAAAAGUAAACCCACUUCCGUCCCGAUAAAAUACCCAUCUAAUUACUAGUACGCCCACCUCUUCGACUACACUAAACCACGGCUAAUACUGGUUUGCUAACAUCAGCUAACAAACAUUAGCAGCAGACAUCUGAGCUGUGAGAAGUGAAUUAAAACAACUUUGGUCAUAUAAAUACAUUUUAUACUGAAUAUAUGACUCAGAUUAGUUGAAAAACUAAUAAAUCAGUAACUGCAACAACAAAGCUAACUUCAGAUAGAGCACUAAGUAGAAUUGGUUUGCUGACAUCAGCUAACAAACAUUAGCAGCAGACAUCUGAGCUGUUCAACUGAUGGGGUCCAUGUCAUUGGUUCGACAGCCCAUUGGUUCGACAUCCCAUUAGUCCGACUGUCCGCGGUGCUGAACGGCUCGCGGCGGGCGUAUGGUGCGCUGCGACCGGCUUGAGGCGGAGCAGGCUCACGGCUUAUGUGUUUGUCACUUUCUUUUUCAUUUUAACCCACGCCAUGAUCUUUUCCUGACCCUAACCAAGUGGUUUUUGUGCCUAAACCUAACCAGACCUUAACCACAGGGCAUCAUGAUGAUUUCGGAACGGACUUCGGAACAAUGAGUUUAAUAUGGUCCGAACAAUGGGAUGUCGAACCAAUGGGCUGUCGAACCAAUGGGCAGUUCCCAACUGAUGUUAGCUUGCUAGCUAAGAAUAAUUAUUAACUAAGGUUUCUGCUGAGGGGGGUGAAAUAAAUAAUUUACAGGUAAAUAAAUAAAGGACCCAAACAGUAGAAAAGGGAAUGAAUGUGUAAGUAAUAAACUAUAGGUAACUUUAGAUGGAGCUCCUUAACAUUUAAUGUUAGCCUGACUGUUAAUUGUUAGCUGACAGCUGUGAACCACGCGAACAUGGUUUGUAAUGAAUAAAUAAACAAAUUAGUUAUAAAACUAAUAAAUGUAUUAAUCAGUUAUUAAAGUAUUAAACUGGAUUCAGCCCUAAAGCUCAUUUUAGCUAAUAUUUGUUAGCUAACCUUAGCCUGACUGUCAGCUGACAGCUGUGACCCAUCUGAACACAGUUUGUAAUAAAUAAAUACAUCAGUUAUAAAACUAAUAAAUAUAUUAAUCAGUUAUGAAGCUAACGUUGGCAUAAUCCACUUCACACAGCUACGCUAACAUCACUGUGUGAAGUGGCAUAAUCCACUUCACACAGUGAUGUUAGCGUAGCUGUCAGACCUGUUUUGAUUUGAGCGUUCUCCGUGUUAGUCUCAGAUUUAGUUUUUAUGUUCUACAACUGUUACCUAGACUUUGGUUAAAAUAGUAGUUUGGUACAGAAGAACACCAGGAAGUGAUAACAUUUACUUCACCACACAGGGUUUAUGGGUAAUGAAGUCUUCCAAGUUCAAACAGUUUUGUGUGUUGCCACUCUGAGCUGCUACAAACCGAAUGCCUUAACGCUGACGUAACCUCGCUCUGUGAAUAUAAGGCUGAGGGUGAGAGGCAGAAUGGUGACAGUGAUGAUGAUAACUUAUAUAACAAUAACCCAUGUGUAGUCUAUAAUCUAGCUGCUCCCUCUUUGCAUCCGAUGUGUUCAGCUGAGAAACGUUGAAUGUGUCUGUUUGUUUCUUCUCUUCUGUUUGAGCACUUUUCUCGUUACGUUUGUAUUUUUGACUU